AUGGCGAAACGAAAGAGACAAGUCGCAAGCGCCAGCGAGGUGCCAGCGAAGGCGGCGGCAAACAAAAAAGCAAAAGCCGUCGAGGCCGCGAAACCUCCAGUGGCUCCGCUCGUGUCGGAGACGAUCCAGAUCAUCGCCGGCUCCUACGACCAGGUUCUUCACGGCUUGACGGCAACGACUCGACCGAAUGAACAGGUUGACUUUGCCGACACAUUCCUAUUCAAUGCUCACACAUCGGCUAUCCGCUGCGUGGCCGUGUCGCCGCCGUCGGCACCAGUUCCCGGGCAGACGCAAAAAGUGCUCCUCGCUUCGGGCAGCACGGACGAAAGAAUCAACAUAUAUAAUCUGUCGGCACAUCCGCCGAGCAGAAAGAAUCAGGAGUUGCUGGCAAAGCUGACGCCGCGGCCGGUUCUCGAGAACCCCAAGAACCGAGAGCUCGGCACCCUGCUCCACCACUCCUCGACGGUCACGGCAUUGCGAUUCCCGACCCGGUCGAAGCUGCUGACGGGCAGCGAGGACUCGACGAUUGCCGUGGCCCGGACCCGCGACUGGUCGGUGCUGAGCACCAUCAAGGUUCCGAAGGCGACGGCGCAGGGGCGACCGAGCGGAGACACGGCGGCGUUUGGAGCGACGCCGUCGGGCGUCAACGAGUUUGCCAUUCACCCGAGCAUGAAGUUGAUGAUUAGCGUCAGCAAGGGCGAGCGAUGCAUGCGACUGUGGAAUCUCGUCACGGGCAAGAAGGCCGGCGUCCUGGGCUUCACUCGGAACAUGCUCCAGGAGAUUGGGGAGGGAAAGCACUCGACGGGAGAAGGACGCAGAGUGGUUUGGGGAAGUGCCGACGAGGCCGACGAGUUUGCCGUGGGAUUCGACCGCGAUGCGGUGGUGUUUGGCAUGGACAGCGUUCCAAAGUGCCGGGUGAUGCCGACGACGAAGACGAAGAUUCAUCAGCUCAGCUACGUUUCGGUGGACGACGCGGCCGGCCUGUCGCUCCUGGCCGUUUCGACCGAAGACGGACGGAUCGCCUUUUUCUCGACGAGGGAGGACGACCUCUCGGAACCCGAGCAGGUGGAAGGGAAGACACAGGCGCUCAAGGUGGCCAAGCCGGUCGGCUACGUGGGCGGCAAAGACGCCGGCGUCGCGGGCCGCAUCAAAGACUUUGUCCUCGUCCGGAGCGAGGCCAACGAAGGACUCCUCUACGUGGCGGGCGCCAGCAGCGAGGGCAAGAUUCGGCUGUGGAUGGUGCAGACCAAGGAGCUGCUGGCGGCGGCGGCGGCGGCUAAAGAGCAGCUGCAGACGCCGUCAGGAAAGUUGGUGGGCACGUACGAGACGCAGAACCGCAUCACCUGCCUCGCAGGAUUCCUGAUGAUUCCGCGUCCGGAAGGUGCGGAAGACAGCGAGGACGAAGAUGACGAGGAUGACGAGGACGAGGACGACGAGGAUGACGAGGACGACGAUGAGGAAGAAUAA